CCUACAUAUUGAGUCUUUGUAUGUGUUUGUAUCUCUAUUAGUUUCUUUCUUUGUAUCUCUAUUUACUUAUGUAUUCUUUCUUUGUGUGUGUGUCAGAUUUACGUAAGGACACGAGUCAGUUAGAGUUCAGUGGUUCUAGCUACUCCGGUGUCUCAAGAGUUAACAGAGAAAUCGAAACAGAGGACGUGUUUAUCUGCGUACGUGUGUGUGUGUGCAGAGGGUAGUACUGAGCAUGCUCCUUCUGUAGGCUGGUCGCUGUGUGUUAACUUCCUGUGUUAUCUGUCUUUCUCACAGACGGCUGGGAGAGAAGAACUCAGAGGAACUACUUCAGCAAGUACUCAAGAACAGGAGGUACAGGAACCGAGCACUUUGGGAUUCUUCUGAAUGAAACACUUGCCUUAGACACUUCCCGUUAAGCCUCUUCUCUCUUUUAUACCUGCCUUUACGAAUAGAGUUUUAUAUAGCUUAACACAGCAAUGGCUCCGUGUAGAGGUAACAGAAUACUGUUUUGUAUUUGCCGUAGCUAGAUGUGAAAAUUAAGGAGGGCACAAAAGAGAUAGAAACGUUGUUCUCUUUCGUUUUUAACUGAGAGUCUGACCACAUCCCUGUCUAGGUUUUCCCCUGGUCAGAAGUUCAUUGUUGUAACUGUUAAAAUACACUGCGUAGACAUCUCCUUUUUUUGGUCACACAGUGUGAACCAGACAGUAUUAGUACGUGAAGGACGUUUCCGUAGGGACAGAAUUACUGUGUGUGUUGGAGGCCAAGCCCAGCGCAACAUCCAUUUGUCCUCAUCAAAGCAGGAACAUUCACACACGUACAUCUGUGGGAUAGUGCAUAGACAGUCUCUGUGGGAACAUGGGCUCAGAGAAAGAUGCCGAAUCUCCGCACUCCUCUGUUAGCGGACUCGCCAAUCCCAAAUGCCGAACACCGGGAAAGAAGCCGCGGCGCAUCUCCUUCCACAGCUUGUUUCAGAGCAAGCGAGGGGGUCGCAGCAGCACCCGUUGGGGCAAAGGGGCCUCCACCCUGCCCCCCAACCAGCAGCAGCAGCAGCAGCAGCAACACCAGCCUGCCCCCCCUGCUGCUCCCGCUCCCUCCCCUGCGCUGCCCCUGGACGCCCCACUGCCCCCACCCAGCGGCGAGACGUCUGAGCCCCUGUCAUCCAGUCACGGGUCACUGGGGGGGUCACAGGAAGGCUUAGGCUCGGGCUCCGGAACAGGCACUGGCUCUGGCUCUGCCUCUGGUUCUGGUUCUGGCUCGGACGGUGAGCUGCUGGAGUGCCCGCUGUGCCUGACGCGUCAGCCGGCCGAGCAGCUGCCGGAGCUGCAGGGCUGCCGCCACCGCUCCUGCCUGGGCUGCCUGCGCCAGUACCUGCGCAUUGAGAUCAGCGAGAGCCGCGUGCACCUGGCCUGCCCCGAGUGCGCUGAGCGCCUGCUGCCGCCGCAGGUGGCCACCAUCCUGGACGACCCGCCGCUGCUGGAGAAGUAUGAGGAGUUCCUGCUGCGCCGAUGCCUGGCCUCCGACCCAGACUGCCGCUGGUGCCCCGCCCCGGACUGUGGCUUCGCGGUGAUCGCUUCGGGUUGUGCCAGCUGCCCACGACUGGUGUGUGGGAGGGAAGGCUGCGGGGCGGAGUUCUGCUACCACUGCAAGCAGGCAUGGCACCCCAACCAGACCUGCGACUCUGCCCGCCAGCAGAGGGCGCUCUCCCUGAGGACACACAGCAACCACUCACCCAGCUACACCACAGAACACGGGCCAGCGGAUGACAUCAAGCCUUGCCCACGCUGUGGCGCUUUCAUCAUCAAGAUGAAUGAUGGGAGCUGUAAUCACAUGACCUGCGCCGUGUGUGGCUGUGAGUUCUGCUGGCUCUGCAUGAAGGAGAUCUCAGACCUACACUACCUCAGUCCAUCAGGUUGCACUUUCUGGGGCAAGAAGCCAUGGAGUCGUAAGAAGAAGAUCCUGUGGCAGCUGGGCACUCUGAUCGGGGCACCAGUGGGCAUCACUUUGAUCGCGGGCAUUGCCGUGCCUGCGAUGGUUAUUGGCAUCCCAGUGUACGUGGGGCGCAAGAUCCACUCCCACUAUGAGGGAAAGAAGACUUCACAUCACCGUAGAAACCUUGCCAUCACAGGGGGCGUGGCCCUCUCUGUCAUCAGUGCUCCUGUCAUCGCCGCUGUCAGCGUGGGUAUUGGGGUGCCCAUCAUGUUGGCGUACGUGUACGGGGUCGUGCCCAUCUCUCUUUGCCGUGGGGGUGGAUGUGGCGUGAGCCGUGGCAAAGUGGCAGAUGCGUGGCGGGCUCUGAAGUCGCCCAGUUUUGGUGACAGCAGCCUAGAGGGCGGGGCCAGCGGCAUGAGUUCCACCUCUCCCAGCGAGGCUGUUUCCGUGGCACCGGGACCCCUCACCGAGACGCCACACUUCAACACACUGGCAGGGGGCGCUCUAGGCUCUAGAGCUGGCAAAUACAGCAGGCUAGACGUGAAGGGAGGAGAGCUGGGAAAGGAGACGCUGAGGAGGGACACCGGAAGCCUGGGAGCCGGAAGUGACUGUGCCAGCACCAGAGGCAUGGCAGGAUCUAUCACCUCCUACACCAUACCAGACCGGGAGGGCACCAACCUGGAGAUCCAGGUGGACAUCGAGACCAAACCCAGCCACAUCUGUCUGACCAGCGAAGAGGACCUGGCUCCUCCCACCGCUGCUAUGAGUGACGAGCCUCAGGACUGUAGCUCACGGAGGGGCGGAGUCCUGGCGGGCUCGUUGCUAGGGCUGUCGCCAGGCGUGUCUCUCAGGGAAGGGCUUCGGGAUGUGACGCUCGCGCAGCCUGAGAGCAUCCGCAGCGACCUGGAGAUGUCCGACACGCAGUCGGACGACAUCGCCGAGCUCACUUCUGACGACUGUGACUCCCCGCGAGUUCCGCCCCCGCUCCAGUCCACGUGCAGAGCCCCGCCUCCUGCCGAUGGCCUGCACUGUCCCGAUAACGUCAUUCUGUAUGUGUGACACAAAGAGAGAGAAAGAGGUUUUUGCAAACUUAUUGCACAAUCAGCCAAGUUAUUAUUAUCUCCCCUAUGCUCCCCAGCUCCUUGUUUGAUUUAUAAAGCUUUCUUUUCUACAUUUGCUGUUUAUUAUUUUUGUAAACAAAGUCCUCUAUGGCCAGGCAGCCCAUUUGACACUAGUGCCACCAGUCCCAGAAUUCCUUAGGCCUGGCGUCCCACAGUCCUCGAGCCUUCUGACACGACAGAAGAGACGUCUGGGUGGAGUGUGUAGGUGGUGGGAGCAGCUCUGCCUUUCAUAGCAGGAUAUGUGUGUGUGUGUGUGAGUGUGUGUGUGAGUGUGUGUGUGUGUGUGGGGGGUCUACCUCUUUGAGACCUUGUAAAACUUCAUCUGUUUACUUCUUGGUGCAAAAAUGCCUUGGCUACUUAAGCAAAAACAGAAAAUAAUGAAAUAAAAAAAGUAUAAAUUUGCCACAAAAAGAGAGGAAACACAAGUGACUUCACACAGAUGAUAUGACAUGGGUAGAGUGGGGGUGCACCUGGCCAUGGGGAGACAGGAGCCCAUUGGAGUCUGAAUGUAUUUGGGAGUGGCUUACUGUCAAAGAAGUUUGCCUGUUCAUUUUCUUGACUCAUUAUUUAUAAUUUAAUGAUUUUGAAGCUGAAAGAAUGUUGGUGUGCAUGUGCUUGUAUAGCCUUGGGGUGAGUGUGUGUGUGUGUGUGUGUGUGUGUGUGUGUGUGUGUGUGUGUGUGUGUGUGUGUGUGUGUGUGUGUGUGUGUGAGAUAUGGAGUUUGCACAGAGACUAAUUGUCAGGCAUGGAUCUCACUGGCACAGAGAUUAAUGUCUGAAGUUAGCCAGACUGUUUUUUUUGUGUUUGUUUGUUUGUUUGUUUGUUUGUUGUGCGUGUGUGUGGAAGAGGCUAAAAGGGAUCACAAGUUCACUUGAAUGGCUGACUUCCUGCCUUAAUGACAGUGCUAGCCCAGCACACACACUGGUUCUGCAGCAAUCUGUCUCCAUAGUGACGUCACUGUCUGUGCCCAAACAUGUAUUAGUGUGUGUUGGUUUUCGUAUGUGUGGAUGUUUGUUUAUUACGUGCGCACGUCCUGUACGUUUGUGAGUCUAAACAGAACAGCAAACGGUCAGCUGCACAACGUUUUGAACAGAUCUCGAGAGAUGAGUGAGGUGUGUUUUACCCAAUGUGAAUGUUGUUUGUCCCACUGUAUAAUGAAUGAAUGAAUGUGAGAGCACUUGAGCACUUUACUGCUAUGUUUACCUUUAUUUUGCUACCUUUUCCUUCUGCUGUUGUUCACUCUGUUUACGUGUGUGGACGAAGGAGUGACUUACAUUUUACAAAUACCGAAGCUCAACAGUUUUAAAUAUGCCCUAAGUACCUUCCCCUCGCUCUCGCUGCUAAAUGCUUACGUUUACAGGUUUGCUGAGGGUUAGUUGUGUGAGUGACAUUUGGCAGUAUGACCAGUGAUUUUUCUCUCUACUUAAUCAAGAUGAAAUGUGAAUACAUAGGUGCACAUGAACAUGGAAAUAAGUGAGAAGGAAGCCCUGAAAUGAACAGCAAUACAGAAUGGUAAAAGGAAGAACAUGUAUCUGCUGGUACUGUUACUGUAUGGCUCUUCUGUGUCUGCCUCAGACUGUAUCAUAAGACUGAUGUUUUGAGAAAAUAAAAUAAAAAAUUCUGUGGCAAAAAA